UUUUAAUACACAACCUAUUCCCGGUUCAUUACGUCAAUUUGAAAGUUCACAAUUUGUAAGAACAAAAUCAACAUUUGAUAGUUAUUAUUCACGUCGUUCAAUUGAUCAAAGAUUUCGUGUUGGUUAUCAAAUAGAUAAUGAUAGAUGGGAUAAUAUUGCUAUAAAUUGGGAUUUAUAUUCACAAUUUUUUAUUUCUGGAUUUUUUCUUCAUGCUGAAAAUGGUGAAUUACAUAUUGAAGCAACAGAACUUGAUGUUGAUUCAACAACAAAAAAAUUUGGAAAAAAUUCUAUAACAGGAACUGCAAAUUCUGUUGCAGGAAUUAGUCCUUUAGCUAAAAAUUUUGCUCGAUUAGUAGAAAUGGAAAAAAAUCCUACUUUUAAUUAUUCUACUAUUAUACCUCCAAGACCAUCAGAUUCAUUUAUUAAACCUUCACAUAGGAGUCCACCUGUAAAUUCGAUGCAAAUAAAUCAACAAGAAUCAAAUAAUAAAGAAUCAUUAGAACAAGAUUUUUUUAAGGGUAUACAGGCAUAUCAACAAAUAAUGCAAAGAAUGUCUACUCAAGGUCCAAAUCAAUCAUCACAAUCUUCAUUAAAUAGUCAUCAAUUUUCAAAUGUAAGUGGUUCUGAAUCACCAUCGGCUGAACAAAUAGCCGAAUUAAUUUCGGAUCAAGGUACGCGUCACGAUAAAGCUGGUACUUUCAUCUUGAGGAAUAAUUCAAAAGUAAGCUAA